UAUGGCUGACCCGUCCGCCGCGACCGCUCACAACAGGCCUUUCCGUUCCUUCGAAACGUGACUUCGGCGGAUACGACGAGCGAGGCGUACUCGUGAAAAAAUCAGUCAUCGAACGUGAGCCAACCGAUUUCUACGACGUUCCCCGAGGGGUAUGGAUAAGAUGCCGUGGCUCCCGUUUGUGGAAUACCUCGCGAACGAUUAUUUAUACCGCAGGAGACAAACUUUACCACUCUGAGGUACAAAGGAAACUUUUGGAGCAGAAUGAAGGGUAGAGAUGACGAACGGACUUCCGUGACCCCGGGUCCCGGUGACUACGAGCACGAAACAAAGAAAAGUCCCGCCCAAAUCCACAACGAGAGAACUAGGGAAGCGAAAAGAGCCGCCGCUAAGCAGUCGCGUUUCUUGGAAGCUUUGUACCAGCAAAAAUUACGCCAAGUAAUUUUAAGAACAUGCUUUGUAACUUUCGCAGUCGCCGGUUCUUUCGCGAAAACUCUGAGCCGGGGAAACUGCCUUUGUAUCUGUGAAUCGCCUUAUGAAAAUUUGCCUUUCCUACAAAGAACCUACCAGCUCCCAAUCAUUACGGCCUACCAAAAAGCGUGUUUGACAAGCACAAACGUAUUACGUGUAAAUGUGGCCCUCAUACGGCAGAACGCCCACCAUUCGAUCAAACUGCGAAGGUACGUUUCUAAAUGUUUGUUCUAAUUAUAUUACAACACAAUUACAAUUUAUUCCUCUUCUUCAAGCGAUUCGAAGAGAAUUUUCAAUUAGAUACACCUGGUCCUGGAGCGUACGAAAUUGUGGCUCCGCAAAUUUGUUACGGUUCUAUUUUUCAUGCACCUUUUGGCGCUUUCGAUCACCGUUUCAGAAAAAUUGUUGACGUAACGAUAUCAGGUCCCGCGGAUUACUACACGGAUAUCGGAACAUUGGCUUAUGAAUCUGCAAAACGUUUUAAAAAUAAACGUGAAAAAAUGUUGGGUUACCCACAAUUUUACGAAACACUGACGUCGAUGAGCGACGAUGAUGAAUACACGGUAAUCGAUGAAUAUAAAGUAGCAAAAAUGGACGAAGUAAAAUGUCCGAUAUAUCAUGCAGUUUUCAAAUCAAGAGUGGACAGAUUUCCACAAAUUACCAGAAAUGGUGAUGUACCGGAUUCAGGUGCUUACGAAGCUUUAUCAGCCUUCAAAGCUAAUCGUGAUAGAUGCGAUUUCCUUUGUCGACGAUUAGCUCCACCCUUCGGCUCACGCGCCAGUCGGUUUCCAGUGAUACCAAAAACCGAUUUUCAUGUACCAGGUCCAGCACACUACGAUCUCAGGGGAGAUAUAUCAAAGAACGUAAAGAAUGGCGUGAUAUAUUCCGCUCCACGUGAAAAAAAGAUGGAUGUCAAAGGGCCAGGGCCAUUGCAUUAUCGCGUAAGAUUCUUUCAAUUUAUGAGCAACCGACGGCAUAUUUUAUGGAAUAUUUAAUACCAGAGUUCUAUUUUACACAUACACGCAGUAAAAGUUGAAUAACAAAUCAAAAUGGUAUAAAAUAUUAAGUACCUAGAAUUUUAGAAGAUUAAAAAAAUUAUUUAUAUAUGUACAUAAUAAAUAAUAGCAAAAAUUAUGCGCUAUACUUUUGACUGUUCAUACGUCAUAUGUACGUCACAUUAUGUAAUGACAAAUGAAUUUUUUUUAUGGAUUUUGUGUUAGUUCAAUCCCGUGCAUCGAAAAAUUUAUUUAAUGACGAGCGAGUGAUCGGCUUCGAUCGGUUACAAUUUUUAAUCUCCCGGCUAGUAGAAUUCCAUUCGGCAGUAUUUACUUAGUUAUAACAUGGCAGGAUAUUGCGUGCUCACGGCAUAUGAGAGUAAUACCGGAUGCUUCAGAUGGUGAUGUAUGAGGCAUAGUUAUGUACUAUGAGAUGGCUAGCAUCCUGCAUUAUUCUGUCUGCUGUAUUUUCGUUAUGUCCACGCGUAAAAUGCUUUGUAAAUUUGUAGAUAUUAGAAAAAUGCGCAUGUUAUUACAAAUAUUACUGUGUACCACUUGAAAACAUU